GACAGUUCACUUAUUUUGUUACCGAAUAAUUGACAACUGCGCCAGCAAGUAAUUCAUUGCAAUAAUAUUUUCAUAAGCGCAAUAAACAAGUAGUGCAUACAAAUUUAAAGAUAUUGAGAUAUUGAGAAAUUUAAUUGCUUGGCAUUGAAUUUGAGUGUUUGUGCAAUUUUCCGGCUGUGAAAAUGUUGAAAAAAUUCUUCUGUUUCCGUCUGGAGACGGCGGCUAUGAUAAUUGGUUGGGUUGAAACAAUCGGUUCGUUCUUAUCAAUUUUGUUAUUUGGCUUUUGUUUGGGCUAUGUCGAUGAAAUUGUCAAGCAAAUUAUUGAAUCAGCGCCGGCUGAUGAGCAGUUAAAUCCAGAUGAAAUUCGAAAAGUUCUCAUUGUCGGAUUUGUGGCAUUUAUUGUACUGAGUGCUAUCAAUCUAGUUGCAUCAGUAUGCUUGUUAUUGGGUACUAUUAAGGAACGUCAUCUUUUAAUAUUGCCAUGGCUCUUUAAUUCGCUCAUAUCCCUUCUAUUCGGUUUUAUAUACUACAUAAUUUUAGUUGCUGGAUCGCUAUCGAUCUCAUUUUCGUCUGGUAUCGGAACCCUAUUAUCGAUUUCCAUCAGUUUGGCCUUACACAUCUACACUUGGCUUGCCAUGUAUUCGCAUUUCAAAAAUAUUCGCAACAAUCGCGACCAACAAGAACAACUACUUCGUCCUGCUGGUGGCGCCUAUCCAUCAUACACCAAUAUUUAAUGAAAAAAUAUGAGAUAUGUAUAUACAUAUGUACUAACAAAAAUAAGUACGUAAACAUAUGUACAUGUACGAGUAUGUGAAUCAAAAUAUUUUACAUAUUAUAUAUAAAGUUUGCCUAAAUGUGAUUGUGAUUGGCCAAUAAAAGAGAGAUUUUAACUAAGAAAUGCAAAAUUUCAGACUUACACACACUUAUACAUAUAAAUAUAUAACGAUUAUUAAACUACGAGUAUUACUAAUUAACGUUCAAACAUACAUAUAUACCUACGAUAAAUAUAAUUUGAUUACCUGAGCAAAUUAA